ACAUAAGUGCAUAAGCUUGAUCAGAGAAUGGUAUGAAUAUGUUUACUUUAGUAGGCAAAAAUGUAAAAUUAUUGUCGCUUAAAGUCUCUAACUAUGAAGAAUAAACUGACGUUGGCGUUUAAUUUGUUCAUGGUUCUGUUUGUAGCUGACCAAGCAUUUGCCACUGUCUCCUUCCAUAAAUGUUUUGUUCUUGAAGAAAACAAUACAAGUCUACUCAAGAACAAAGUGACAAAAGGUCUUUGGGGACAGUAAUGCAAUAUUCAUAUUUUUCUGUCAUUCUGAGUCCCUCAUAAGACAGUGCUGUCAGCAUCCUUUUGAUUUUCCGUCCCCCCACCCUAUACAAAGUAAAAAUUCUGGAUACACGCGUGCAACAUUGUUUGUGGGGUUAGGGGAGGGCUUGGGCCUGUGUGAAUUGGAAAACGCCCAGAAAUGCAAGUGUCCCAAGACUUUUGUCCAUGAUUGUAGUUCAUUUAAUUUUCUUCUACUUUGAACUUCGCGUAAAUCACAUUUUAACCUUUUCUUUUUCGUUUUCUUAUUAUCCACCAUAGGCUUCAAUGGGAGCAGGGUCGGAUGACUUCACGUUAGAUGAUCACUUUGUGUCCUCUGCCGCCAAUAAAAUUUCUCCCGCCCAGUUAGAAGAACGAGAAAGACAAAAAGCAAUCAGAGGUAUUAUUGAAUGUAAUUAACAUCAAAUAGGUAUCCCCUCUCCUGCCGCUAUUGAGUCUCAUUACAGUAUAAGGGUCCAACUUCCAAGACGUCAACAUGGUCAUACCAGAAGAAUUAAUGACUUUGUAACUUAUAAAUUUCAGUGAAUGUAUGUAAAUGGUUAAUUGUAUGUGACAAUGACCUUCCCCAACUAUUCAGUUAUUACUGCAAGUGGGUGAAAUAAACAGAAUAUCUGUCUAUCUAUCUAUCUAUCAUAUUCCCACAGGGCCUUCACUAAGAGCCGGGGGCCGGGGAUUUUGCCCGGUUACUAUGAGCCUGAGCCCCGGCUUCUCUUGUAAGAAACAAAAGGAAAACAGAACCAAAAGAACUUCCUAUCUGGACAAUUCCCCUCCUAAUAAUUGCAUAUACCCGGCAACUUGAAAUUUUCGCAACAGUCCUGUUCCCAUGCUUUCUGAAGUCUUCACUUCCGCAUGACUGUGAACACCCGGGUGUUUCGACUUUGGCAAACAAUCCCAGUUCACGGAGGAAAGGGGUUUUCUUUUAUUGCGCAAUGAUUUUCAGAAUUUUUGGCAUCAAGUUUCGUAACAAAAAGGAGUAAACUAAAGUCCUGUUAACACAAACAUGGUUUCUUUUAAAGUUUCCCUUGAUAAAACUUCCUCGUGUAAAGUGAAAAACAUGAAGAAGAAUUGAAGAAAAGAAAACUCGUCAAGGAUAACUCAUUUGUGUGGAUGAAGUAUAUGAAAGGGUAGGGAUAAUGUGUCAUUUCGGUCAUUCUAAAAAGGCCCAAAAGGACUAGCAAAUGCAUUUUAUGGCUGUGAAAGAGUCGGGAAAACUUUCUGGUUUUGUAAUUUAUUCACAUUUAGAAGACAGUGCAUUCACAAAAGUUAAAAAGGAUGCAAAUUUCUAAACUAGGUAUGUGAAAGGGGUACCAUUUGUCGAUAGAAGGUAAACGAAAGGGGUACCUUUUAUGUCAAAAAUGGUGUAUAAAAGGGUAAGUAGUUGGAGCUUGGGGCGGAGCCUUCCAGCGAAAAAAAACUUUCUGAGCACCCCUGGGCUACACGCCCGGUUUUUCGUUUUAAAACUUAAAUUUUUUGUAACAAAAGGUUAAGAAAUUGUGUUUAUCUUAGGAUCAUUUUGUUUGGUUUGGUUCGUGAAAGACCGUGGUUCUGACCCAAAGGUACCCGUUACCGCUUGGUUCCUUUAGCAAUGCCCGAAAUACCCGCUCUGUUAUUGUGAACUGAUAUGUAUGGCGCUUCAUAGAAGUUUUAAUUCAAGUUGUUGUUGUGGUUUUCUUUCCAGAGCAUAAGAUUUUGGCUGCGCAGCUGGCGAAAUGUCGCUUCUGCUUUGAAAACCCGGACAUCGCAAAACACCUUAUUAUUGCUAUCGGUCUCAAGGUAACUUGGAAAGUAGACAUUAACUGACAAACUGACAGACUUGUUGAUAAAGUGAUUGAUUAAUUGAUUGAUUUGUUGAUUGAUUGAUUGAUUGAUUGAUUGAUUGAUUGAUUGAUUGAUUGAUUGAUUGAUUGAUUGAUUGAUUGAUUGAUUGAUUGCUCUUUAGAUCGAAUGACACAGACAAGGUUGAUUGCGUCUGACUCACCGACUAAUGAGUUAAUCAAUCUGAGGCACGGUAGUAGAGAGAAAAUGCCUAACCCUCCCCCCGCCCCGAAAAAAUAAUUUAUUCUUUUACAAUACUGAUUGAGUGCAUGUGUAGUCAGAUAUUCAGAUAUUCAGGCGGGCGCAAACUCUUCAACGACACAGAGACAUUUCGCAUCCACUCCAGUGAGAAGAUUUCUUACUUCACCUUGUGUACGCCCACUUUGUAAGGCUCAGCCACCUGCAAGCAAAAAAUACGAUUUUAUUACACGAUUAUAAGCCUCUACAGAAUAUAGCGGCACAACGCUACAUAUCAUAACCACACAACCAAUCCACACACUAGGGUGGUUGUGGAGGGAUAGACUCCAUUUUUGCGGGCGGGCGCAAACUUUCAAAGCAACAGAGACAUUUCGCCCCCCCUCCAGUGGGAAAAUUUUUUUAUUCACCUUGUUAACCCCCACUUUUAAAGGGCCAGCCACCCGCAAAAAAAAAAUCCGCUUUUACAACCCGAUUUUAAACCCCUUUAAAAUUUAGGCCCCCCCCCCCCACCCCCUCAAUCUGAAUUGCAAUGAUGUCGAUUUAUUUUGAGUGAACGUACGUUUUAAAGCUCACUUAAAAGCCAGCAAAGGCAGAAAUUAUUUUGAUAGUCAGCACUGCUAUAGCUCGUCGUUUGAAAGUGUUUUUAAUAAUCCGGUUGUAAACCCCUCCGUUUAUAAGCCCUCCUUAAACUCCUUACGAAUGGCUUAUAAGUGGCAGUUUACGGUAAGGGCGUACGUGUCACCUCCUCUUCGCUGGGGGACAAGAGGCUUUGCAAGGAGGAAGUAUUAGUAGAGUUGGUUAGUGUGCAGCCUUCUGUGCAAGAGAUCCCGGGUUCAAUUUCCAGAUGUGACCUCAGACCCUUUUUUCGACUUCUUUCCUUUCAGUGUAGCUUGAAGUAGCUUUAAAUACCCGUAAAACGGAGCACUGAUGGAGGGGGGGUGGGGUAGGGGUUAAAAUGGGCGCACCGUCGGCCUCAUGUUUGUUAGUCAGAUGACUAUUUCGAGCUACCGACGUAAAAUAAGGACUCUUUACCCUAAAGUAUUUUUCUGGCUUCUGUGUGCCACUUGGAGGUGGGGGAGAAGCGAACCGAAAGCACGCGGUCCAGUGAAAGGCUAUGUAGAGUGUAGAGCCUGAUUAGGUGUAUUUCCAGUAUCACUUAAAAGGCAAAUAGAGUAUAUUUGUAUUUGGGAUUAUAAACGGGGAUUAGCUUGAGGGGGAUUAGGGAGGAGGGGGCUGACUCAUACGCUGUAGUUUUCAUAACGCGCGCGGAAAGGGAGCGCGAGAUAGCAGAGUAAGGAGGAGGGGCGGUGUCAUUUCCAGCCCUGAUAGAUUUGACUUUAAUGAGCGCAGCCAUGCCAAACGCGUUAUGAUGACGUCCUUCAGAUGAGCUAAAGAUGAGGGUCGAUGCUUGUGUGGGGAAAACAUGGAAAAGGGUGUAUAAAAUAGCUACUAAAUGAAGUGAUCUUUAGCUUUUUCAACGUAAUGAGGUUUUUCUUCUAAAUGUCUUCGCGCUUUAGUUGCAAUUUGUUUGCACUAAAUGGUGCUGGAAAUUCUACAGUUCAGUUUUCAAACGCGUAGAACUUUUUGAAGUAGACUUUCACGACGGUUAGUAAUGAGCAACCGCAGCUUAAAAGCACUUUUCUUAGCUUUUGUUGCAAGAGAAGAUACAGUGGGUACACACAUUUAUAUUCAACCGGAUAACCUACUUUGUUUUUCUAGGUUUAUUUGGCAGUCCCUCUUCACGAGUCAAUGACGGAAGGUCAUUGUUUAAUUAUACCGAUGCAGCACUGUUCAGCUUCUACUCUCCUGGAUGAAGACGUGUGCAGUGAAAUCCAGGUUUUUAUUAUAUUAUGGGAUCGUUACUGGGAGCGUGCCGUUCAGCUAUUGGCCAAUUUGUUUGCCCUGUCCCCAGUUACAGUCCCAGAAGUCUUUGCGAAGAUUAAUUCGCCCCUGUUUCCUUCUCGUUUCUAAAGUGGCGAAUGAAUGUUUGCGCAUGCGUUUUCGUUUACACACCUUUAUGUUCUUUUCAAAUCCAGCUUAUGUUUUUGUUUGUGUUUUUUUGCUUUUUUGGAAAUAAAGAAACUAAGGGCUUGAAAACCUAUGUGGAACGGGAUAGAUACUCUGACAUCUUGUAGAAAAGAAUAGAAAAGACGCUCUACACGUGCUCUUUAAAGGUCUAGUCUAUCUCUCCUUUCUAGCGACAAGAUAAUCUGUCGCCCCACUAUUAACCUAAUCCUGUUAAAAUUUGUUUCGCCGCAGAUUUACAAAAAAGGCCUAACCAAGAUGUUUGAAGAAAUGGUAAGAGUCGACAACUCUUAUUUAUUUCGUGCAACUAAAAUCUAUGGUUUCAACGCCUGGAAUUGCGCGCUAUCGUUAUUCGAACAAUCAAGUACCACAGAAACUUUGAAUCCAGCCUAGUGGGAACUAAAGCGUUUUAUCUUUCAAAUGUAUAGCUCGUUAUUUUUUUAAACCCUUGGGUUUGAGAAUGAUUUUUACUCAGAGAAAAGGCGACUGAAAAAAAAGGAAUCUAAGAUCUCCAAAGGGGAGUCAAACCUAUAACCUCCCUUAUACCAGUCCAGAUACUCGACCACUGGGCUACAGGAGACGACAAACAGCCUGCGCGCUUCUUGGAAUGGAAUAAUCGAUAGGUCAUACAGUCACUCCCGAUGAGUCGAAUCUUCUAGGGAAGUCUAGAAAAGUUCGAGUUAUCGAAGGUUCGACGCUAGUAACCGGAAAUAAGGAAUUAGGCAGCAUAGCUUCAUUAAUAUACAGGGCUGGACACUGUACUUAAACUGGGCUGAUGACCAAACAGUUAAGACAAAGAAUAUAAAACAAAAAAUAAUGAACAGAAGUGCCGUGUUGUGGUUUGAGUUCCUCUUCCAACGCUUCGGGCCUGGCCCUUCAUCAGUGGAGUUACCGAAGUACUUGUAACUCCACUGAUGAAGGGCCAGGCCCGAAACAUUUGGAAAGGAACUCAAACCACAACACGGCACUUCUGUUCAUUAUUUUUUAUUGAACAUUCCCUUACUUACUUUCUAAAGUGCCGCAGCUUAUCACAAUUAUUUUCCGUUAUUUGUUUGCUCGAAGAAUAUACAGUUGUUUUGAAGUAUUAAAUUCAAUGUUUCGGACUGCAGUACACACUUUUCUUCUUUUUCGAUCGAUUUGUCACGCGCUUAACAUAGUUCGAGUUAUCGAGGGUAAAAUUAUGUAAAACUCAUCUGAAGGGAAGCAAAAUUACUUCGGGUUAGCGGGAGGCUGGAGUAAUCAAGGGUUCGAGUUACCGAGGGUAAAAUUACAGUAAAUGUAUAAAUUAAAUCCAGGGGAAAUCGAUUUGGGUUCCAGUUACCGCGAGGUUCGAGUUAGCGAGGGUUCGAGUUAUCGGGAGUUGACCUUAUGUUUUGCAGUGAUAUAAUGUGGUGGUGAGUUUCAAGCCUGGAAAAUACACGAGACUGAGUUUUGUUCAGUCAGUGAUGCAAGUAACUCAGAAAAAAGAAAUCACUCUGUCUUGUUUUUAUAAUGACUUUUUCUUCUCCAACAGGAACAGGACGUGGUUUUCCUGGAAACUUGUAAACAGUUAAAGAAACAACAUCACAUGAUUAUGGAGUGUAUACCGAUGCCCAAAGAAAUCGGGGAAAUGUCUCCUGUUUACUUCAAGGUAGGUCUAAAAGGUGACACAGGGAAAACAAAGUGGAAUUUGUAUCAGUGGACGUUUUUUCUUAUUUACAGCAUACUGAGCAUUUUUUGCAAAAUCCCACUUGAAGAAGAAAAUGUUCCUGAUUGCAAUCUUUGUUAACUGUUAAGGAGAUCAGCAAGUCGUUAAUGUACCUAGAAAAAAAUUCCUCUAUUUGUAAGCUUUUAUAACACUUUCCUUACAUUCUUUACUAACAGAAAGCUAUCAUGGAAUCGGAAUCAGAAUGGGCGCAAAACAAGAAAUUAAUAGAUACUAGAAAGAAAGGACUUCGCGGGGCAGUGCCCAAGGGACUUCCUUACUUUAGCGUAGAGUUCGGCUUGGACGGGGGAUUUGCCCAUGUUAUUGAGGACGAAGAACUUUUCCCGCAUUACUUUGGCAAAGAAAUCUUAGGAGGGAUGCUAGAUCUUGAACCGCGCAGGUGGAGAAAACCAAGGCGAGAGAACUUUGAAGAACAUAAGAAAAAGGUCUUGCAGCUUGCCGAGUGGUGGGAACCAUUUGAUUGGACAAAGAGAAUUGAUAGAACAAAGUGUUAG